AUGCUGUGGACCCUAUCUAUCCUCCCCCUUCUGGGGCACGCCAUCGCCAGCGCCGUGCCAGCUGAAAAGCGCCAAAGCUGCCCGGGAGUGCAUGUCUUUGGCGCUCGCGAGACCACCGCGUCACCAGGCUACGGCUCCUCCAGCACGGUGGUGAACCUGAUCCUCAGCGCAUACUCGGGCUCGACCGCCGAGGCCAUCAGCUACCCAGCCUGUGGCGGGCAGUCAUCCUGUGGCGGCGUGAGCUACUCCGCCUCCGUGGCCGCGGGCAUUGACGCCGUGGCGUCCGCGGUAAACUCGUUCAACACCCAGUGUCCCAGCACGCAGUUGGUGCUGGUUGGAUACUCCCAGGGCGGCGAGAUCAUGGACGCCGCGCUCUGCGGUGGAGGCGUCCCCAACCAGGGCGUCACCAACACGGCCGUGCGGCUGUCGUCCUCCGCCGUGAACAUGGUCAAGGCCGCCAUCUUCAUGGGCGAUCCACUCUUCCGCGCCGGUCUGCCGUAUGAUGUCGGGACGUGCAGUGCUGGAGGCUUCGAUGCCCGGCCGGCUGGGUUCUCUUGCCCCUCCGCCAGCAAGAUUCAGUCGUACUGUGAUGGGCCCGACCCGUACUGCUGCAAUGGAAGCAAUGCGGCGACCCAUAAUGGAUACGGUGCGGAGUAUGGCCAGGCGGCGCUGACGUUUGUCAAGAGCAAAUUGAGCUCGAGCUCGUCUGGGGGUGGCUCCACUGGAGGGGGGAGUGGCUCUGGCGGUACUGUUGCGCAGUAUGGACAGUGUGGUGGGCAGGGAUAUACUGGGGCGACUACGUGCCAGAGUCCGUAUACGUGCACUGUGAUGAAUCAGUGGUAUUCUCAGUGCUUGUAG